AUGGAUUCAAGUGAUCCAUUGAAUCCAUUUACUCAGCCUCGUCCUAGUUUCGUCAACUUUCUUAACAGCCAGACCUUUCCUUAUGAAAGUUAUGGUUCUCCUCAUCAGUUUGGAGCAUCAGACAUCCCCGCUUUUAGUUCACAACCACCACAGGCUCCUGUUGCACCCGAAAACCCACCAGUUGCCUCUAGGGAGCGAAAGAACUGGACUCCAGCCGAUGACGAGGUGUUAAUAAGUGGGUGGCUAAACACAUCCAAGGAUGCUGUAGUUGGAGUUGAUCAAAAAUCAGGGACUUUCUGGAAACGAGUUGGUGAGUUCUAUGCGUCAAGUCCCCAUGCUAAAGCGAGUGGUGAAUCACGAGAGCAUCUCCAUUGUAAGCAAAGGUGGCACAAAAUCAAUGACUACACGAACAAAUUCUGUGCUGCAUACGCGGCAGCUGAGAGACAGAUGAGUUCUGGUCAGAAUGACAAUGAUCUUCUCAAGCUCGCCAAAGACAUCUACUUCGCCGAUCACAAGACAAAAUUCACGCUUGACCAUGCUUGGUGUGUGUUGAGGUAUGAGCAGAAAUGGGUCAGCCUUAACACUCCUAAGCCUACCGUGAAUUCAAAGCGAAAAGAGACAUGCUCCCAAGCUUCAAGCUGCCCCGUAGGUGAUCCUGAGGUCCGUCCUGAAGGUAUCAAGGCGGCGAAAGCUAAAAGGAAGAAUACCGCGCCAGUGAGGUCUAUGGAGGAGUGUCAGACCGUUUGGGAGAUGAAGAAGGAUGAUCUCUUGAUGAAGGAGAGACUAACAAAGCUUGCGAUUCUUGACACACUUCUAGCCAAGAAUCAACCACUUACUGAGGCUGAAGAAAUUGUCAAGAAUAAGCUAUUGGCGCUGAAAUGGGACGAUAUAGAUACAGCCAGCCAUCUCUUUCAUAGGAUUAUUGUGGGGAUUCAUCAGACGGUGGAUACAGCUCUACAGAAGAGCUCAUCCGUCGGGACCAAGAAGAGCUCAUCCGUCGGGACCAAGAAGAGCUCAUCCGUGGAGACCAAGAGCCGCCUCAAUACCCACCUCAACCUGAAGUUGAGUUCGGAUUUCCGCAGACCUGCUACUGUGGUGGCGCUCCAAAACUAG